AUGGAAGCAAUUGGGCCCGAGCCACCCGACUACCCCACUUCCCCUGGCAACCAUGCUGGCAUUUUCUCCCUCACCGAGUUCAUCGACACUAGCUACGGCGGCGGCGGCGGCGGCCGCGGCGGCCGCGACGGCGGCAGCCUCAACCUGGACGACGAUGGCUACGGCAGCAAGGAGGGUGCCAAUGUCGACACCCAUGAUGGCCCCGGCGGGGCCAGCCUCCUGGGCUCCGGGGAACUGUCACCACACCUGGGCUCGCCCACCGGCAGUCAGACUCUCAUUGCCGCGCCACUGAUCCCCAGCGCCACCGCGGCGCCCAGGCCCACGGCUGACACCGGCGUUUCUGAGGAGCCCGGCACCGGGGCCUUAACCCUGGCCCUGAUGGAGGAUGACAGCGACUUGCUCGAGCAACUGAGCCGCUUUUGCGAUCCGAGCGUGCGGCUGCCCACCCCGUCAUCGGUCGCGGCGGCGGCCGCCGCCGCUGCCGCCCGGCAAGACCCCACCCGGGGGCCUGUCAGCCCGCCUGGACCCCGGCCGGCCCCGGGCCCCGGCAGCCCGCACCACCUGCCCCCGACCAAGUCCACCACCGCCAGCCAAUAUCCCCACCACCAUCUUCACAUCCCCCUGGCUCCCGUCGGCGGGCCCGGCCUCGCCGGAGCCAACAUCCCCGGCAGCACGACCCCCCGGCCGGUUCCCCUCACCACACGGCUGCCCACCCCGGCCGAUGGGCGGCCACCACACUCGCGCUCCUCGAUCGCCACAUCGCACAGCAGCAGCUCCAGCCUCCUGGCCGGCCCGGCGGCCUCCAGCAGCGAAAGCAUCGCCGGCACCACCAUCACCACCUCCUUCAGCCCGAUCAGUAGCCGCCGCGUUCGCCAAACCAUCGACAUCCUGGCGCACCGGUACCGGAUCUACAUCCACAGCCUGAAGAUCCUGCUCAUCGUGCAGGUGCUCUGCUGGUUCCCCAUUGGGCUGGCCUUCCUGCCGAGCAUCAUCCCUCGAGUGAAGGCCACCAGUGCCCGGGCGGCCGGCAUCUUCUCCACCCUGGCCUCGGCCGUCGGGAUUGCCACUGUCCUGUCCAUUGAUUACUCCUGCUGGGGGACCACCAACUCCUCCCCGUGCAACCCGGCUCUCGACAUCUACAAGCUGUUGAGCCUCUUCUUCCUCCCGCAUUUGGGCUUCGGGAUCUCCACCAUCAUCAUGGCCUACCGGAUACACUACAUCAUCGAGGCCAUCAACUGGCUCGACCCGGAAUUCUUCAGCACCGACGAGCUGACCGCCACUCGUCUGCCGAGGCUCUUCUUCCCGAUGACUCUCAGCUGCACAGACCCCGAAGGGGAUGACAGCCCCACGGUCGGACACCAGCCGGACAUCCGCCCGCCAUAGAGGGAGUGUGCCUCCCACCUUCUGGCGCCCCUCUGUCCUCUCCCCUCCCUGGAGAGGGAAGGAUACAAUAUACACACAUGCCUCA